AGGCCCCGCCCCUCUGCUGCCUGCGUCACGCGGGAGCCCCUCCUCCUCCUCGUGUCAGCGCCGAAAAGUGAUGAUGGCACAGACACAAGGCUUUGGGAGAAAGUACAUUAAAGCCUUUUUGAAAGGCUUCUUCGUUGCUGUUCCUGUGACUGUGACUUUCCUCGACAGAGUGGCUUGCAUUGCGAGAGUAGAAGGGGCUUCGAUGCAGCCUUCUUUGAAUCCAGAAGAAAGGCAGGUGUCGGAUGUAGUGCUUUUAAACCACUGGAGUAUACGGAACUAUGAAGUACAACGUGGAGACAUAGUUUCACUGGUGUCUCCAAGAAACCCAGAACAGAAGAUCAUUAAGAGAGUAAUUGCUCUUGAAGGGGACAUUAUCAAAACUAUAGGCUACAAAAAGAAGUAUGUGAAAGUUCCACAUGGCCAUAUAUGGGUAGAAGGGGACCAUCAUGGACAUAGCUUUGACAGCAAUGCCUUUGGCCCGGUCUCUCUUGGACUUUUACAUGCCCGAGCUACGCAUAUACUCUGGCCUCCGGAGCGUUGGCAGAAGUUACAUCCCCAGCUUCCUCCAAAACGCCAACCACUCCAGGAUGAGGAGGAAUGAUCAAUUUGUAUCUGGAUGGAAAUCAAGCUUUUGAGUCUAGUAUUAAGUAUAGGAAAGAGGUUGGCAACGCAUAUCAGCUAAUGAAAGAGCUGCCAACUGUGCAGAAUCGAUGCAAGCAAAUAUCUUUUCAUUAUUGUAAAUUAAAAUGGGCAUUUUAUGUAAUCACAUGAAAUGGUACAAUGUGAAGCAACUGUGUCUUGAUUUUGACAUUUCCGCUUCAUAGAAGCUGUAUGGUGCUUAAGAAUAUUAUAGUACCUCUAAUGAUAUGGGAAGUUUAGAAAAAUCAUUUUACAUGUUUUAAUUUGUUUGUUUUUUUAGUAAUAGGACAAAUCUUAACAUUUGUAUUGUAUUGCAAAAAAUAAACAAUAAAAUAAUUCACUGUUAUUGCCAAGACAGAAUAUGUCUUUUAACACUCUGGGUGGCAGAAUAAUUGUUUGUAUUGAAUGAAUAGUCUUUUUAGUCCUGGAAAAUUUGUUGUUCAAUCUAUCUAUAAAAGUAAUGUUUGAAAAAAGGAGCUUUCAUUACAUGAUUUUUAUUACUUGUAUAUUAUUAAUGUCAUAAUUAUAUUGAAUAUGAAUUUGUUUUUCAUUAAUGUUUCAUAUAAAUAUUCCUGAUGUAUCCAGUUGCUGAUAGAAUAAAUACAUUUCCAAUUGAAA